AUGAAUCGGUCGGGCUUCUUCCUCGGUGUCCUCCUGGCGUGUCUCGCCUGCAUCGUGCACGCAUGUCCCCCGAGCUGCCACUGUCACGGCGGAGACCUGCAGCACGUCAUCUGUGACAACGCUGGGUUGAAGAAGAUCCCCAAGGUGCCCGAGCAAACGCGGCUGCUCAACCUGCAGAAGAAUAAUUUCCCCGUUCUGCCAACCAACGGUUUCCGGGACAUGAAAAAGCUGGUGUCCCUUCACCUCCAGGGCUCGCAGAUCAAGGAGAUCUCGACGGGAGCCUUCAGGGGGCUCAAGAGCCUGGUCUACCUCUAUCUCACCGACAACCAGAUCAGUGUCAUAAAGCCAGGAGCCUUUGAUGACCUGUCUGAGCUCACCUACCUGUACCUGGACCAGAAUAAGAUCCCAGACUUAUCCAAAGGGCUCCUCUCCCCUCUCGUCAACCUCUUUAUCCUGCACCUAGGCAGCAAUAAAAUCCAGGAGCUGAAACCAGGGGUCUUCAGCGGUGCUAAAGACCUGCGCUGGCUCUUCCUCUCUGACAACUCCCUCACCAGCCUCCUGCCUGGGGCCCUGGAGGACGUGGAAAACCUCGCUGUGCUCCACCUGGACAAGAACCAGCUGAGCAGCUACCCCGUGAACGCCAUGAGUAAGCUCCGAGUGCUGGAGGAGCUGAAGCUUUCUCACAACCCCAUCGAGGUCAUUCCCGACAAUGCCUUCCAGUCCUUCGGGCGGUACCUGCAGACUCUCAACCUGGACAACAUGAAACUGAAAAAGUUUGCAGACAACGCAUUUGCUGGUGUGACCGUUCUGAAGACCGCUCACCUCGAGAACAACCGGCUCACCCAGCUGCCCCGCAACUUCCCCUUCGACAAGCUGGAGACCCUGACGCUCUCCAGGAACGCCUGGCACUGCAGCUGCCAGCUGGCACAUCUGCGCAAGUGGCUGAAGGGCAACCGCACCCGCACGGAGGACACGUGCUCCACGCCCGCGCAGUACCGGGGGCAGUCCAUCAGAGACACCCCUGCCCUGCGCGCCUGCAAGCUGCCCACCAAGAGGUCCAGGAAGGGAAGCCGCCAUUAAGCACCAGGCCCUGGUAUGGCCUGUCCUGGUGACCGGUCACUCCAACCAUCAGAAAACUACUGACUUCCGAGUCCUUCCUUAAGCUUCUUCUACCUAUCAGGAAACAUA